AUGAUAAUGAAAGCAAUACACUACUCGCUGCUGGCAGCACUGGCCCUGAAGCUGUUGGGUGUGUGCUACGGGUGCAAAAUCUCCGAAUACCCGUGCAAAGGUGGUGCGAGCUGUGUCCCGCUGGACAAAUACUGUGAUGGACGUGAUGAUUGUGGCGAUGGCAGUGACGAACCAAAGAUGUGCACAGUGUGCAACCGGACGUACUACGGUGAUAUAGGGCGAACGUACACACUCACGGUGCCGCCACCGCAGUGGAACCGGCUGCCAUUUCUCUGCCAUCUUACGUUUACCGCUUCCGGUCACGAACAGGGUGACAUCGUGCAGAUUAUCUUCGACAAAUUUACCGUCGGCCGGUUCGACGAGGGUCUCAUCGAUCCGGAUAUGGAUUCCAGUGAUGCGAGCCUUACCAGCGGUGGCGAUUUGCCAGGCUGUCCCGAAGGAUUCAUGCAGCUCAGCGAAUUGGGACGCCCAUUCACCGGUGGAUCCUGGUGCGGGAAGGCUUCCGGUCAUCAGCUGUACUUCAGCGAAACAUCUACGGUGACAGCAUCUGUCAAGGUCUUUCAUGCACCGAUGCAGGCAGGCACGCCGUUCGAAUUUCGCAUCCGGUACAAAUUCAUAAGUCAAUCAGAGGCUAUUGUCAGGUACGGUGCACCGAGCGAAUUGCUAGAACUGGGACGAGUCACCCCGGGGACCUACUGUACGCGACAGUACGACGAAUGCUACCGGAAAAAGUGUCGCCUCCAGAGCCCGAACUAUCCCGGAAUGUAUCCACGCAAUGUCACCUGUUAUUGGACCAUCCGGCAGAAGGUGGUACCGACCUGCAAGCAUGCCAUGGUCGCAAUUAGCCAAGAAAAUGAACACAAAGCGCUUGUUAAACGAUCCAUUGCCAGCUUAAACAAAACGUCACGUGCGGUACGAGCCUGGUCGGACUGUACCGGCGAGCGGGACCAUCUGAUCUUUUACGACGGCAGCAGCACCAACGAUCCGGUACUGGCCAAGUACUGCGGCGGCGACUGGUUGCCGCGUGUUGUUUCGCGCGGACCGGAAAUGCUGAUCGCCUUCCAUUCCAGUCCCUUCUCCGCCCCGCUCCAGUCCGGUCAAUCGAACCGCGGUUUCGAGCUGGACGUCGACAUUCUGUUUGCCGAUUCCGACUCGUACGACUUUGCGCAGGGCAGCAAGUGCGAGUUCCACAUCAACGCCUCCAAUCCAGAUGAAGUGUUAUUGUCGCGCCGUGGCAGGAUGGGCCAUUUGCUCAGUCCGCGCCAUACGCUCGCACCGAACACGACCUGCACGUACUACUUCCACGGAAUGCCGACGGAUUUGAUUUGGAUAUCGUUCACCCACUACCAUCUGCAAAUACUCCAACCGAGCAGUAGCGGGAGCGAUAAUUCCACCAUCGGACGGAGCGAGUCACCCCUGCCCUGGAUUACGCGUACGCGCAUCUGGGACAGUGUGGGUACGUACGUCCCGGUGCGUACUACUUCUCCCGCCAGCAUUCUAUCUUCACCGGGCGGUCCUUCAACCACGGCGUACGGUUCCACACUCGGUGCCGGUGUAAGGGAGGGUGGCUCAUCCGUGUUGCCGGGUUUGACCACUACGACGGCACUCUACCAGCAGCUGAUGAACCGAACCGUGAACAGCUACUACACCGGUGUCAAUCAGAACGGCAAGAGUCUCAAGAUCAACGUGGACAACGUGUGGAACCCGGUGGAUCAGUACAUCUACGGGCCCACGGUGAACAGCAUCUUCAACCAACCGCCACCGACAGCUCCGAGUGAGGGUGGCCGUGGUCGGGGCUCCAGUUAUGGAUCGUCCGGACAGGACAAAUACUCCAAGCACAAGAGCAAAUCCGACAUGGGUACCGGCAAUUACGUCCAGUCGGUACGCCACGGCAAAGACUCGUCGGGCGGUUUGGGGUACGAUCUUUCCAAGGAUCAUGGCCGGAAGGACCGGCAAUCGCCCAAAGCACCGUACGGUUCACGCCGUUUGAUGGCGGAAUUCUUUGAUAAUGAGGCACCGAAGUUGUGCGACCACAUGACGCUCGAAAGCAAGGGCCACCGGAUGCGGCCGUGCACACCGUUGGAAAGCUACGUUAGCACGGGACGGGAUUUGAAAAUUGAAUUCCACACCAUGACCGGUACAUCGCUGUUUCCUUCGAGCUUCGGUAUCAACUAUGAGUUUGUUGACACGGAGCUAGGAGGCGAACCGUACCUGGGCGAGCAGAAAAAACCACGCGAUCCACAGGAAGAUCUCACGCAGGCGGCAGAUCCUUCGCUGCCGAUACUUUGUUCGCGCGUGUUCCGCAAGCGGAAAGGCGAUUUCCAGUCGCCGCGGAACGUAUUCCUUCAUGGGCGUGGUGGUGCGAAGAACAUUUCCUGUCUGUACCGCUUUGAAGCGUCCGUUGGCGAGAGGGUCCGCGUCGAGCUGUUCAACGUAUCAUUCGGUGAGUUUGCGACCUGCGUUACCGAGAGCGAUGGGCAUACGGGACGUGCCCGGUGCAGCCCGUCCGAAACCGAACCGGACAGUCGGAUCGGUGAGCUACGCAUCUUCGACGUACCCUACCCGGACGCGCGCAUCCCGCUGGGCUGCUUCUGCGACAACACCAGCAGCACCUACAACGCACCACUCACGUUCAUCUCGAACUCGCGCACCCUGGAAUUGACGUUCGUCGUAACGAGGCUGAACAUUUCCGAGGAUUUUGCGGACGUUUACUUCCACGCGGCGUACGAUUUCAUCCGGGUGCCCGAGUGUCGCCGGAGGCUGCGGUUGCGCGGUUCGGGCGGUGAGGAUGAGAUGAACUUUCCGCUCCGUUCACACGAAGCGAGCUGUGACGGGUUGCCGUGGUACAUCGAGGCCCAGCAGCAGGACCGCAGCCUGUUCGUGCGCACCUGGGGAAGCUUUCUGCCGGUGGAACCAACGGCGGACGAUUUUUCCAAGUGUAACACACGCAACCGGCUGAUCGUGUACAGCGGUGUGCCGCUGAAGGUGAUGCGUGUCAUCUGUCCUUCGCCACCGUCCAGAGGGUCCGCUGCGUUGCACAUCUUCAGCGAGGAUUGGUUGAGCAAUCAGCCGUUCCUGACGUUCGAUAGACCUGUGAGUAUGGUGCUGGAACCGAUACACAAGGAACCGGGCAGUAUAGGGUUCUCCUGGCUUGAAAUUCAACGGACGAAGGCGUCACUCAUCCAGCAGCUCGAUCUGCAGUCCAACUUUACCACCAACGAUACGUUGGUAGAGUUCGGGCUUUAUCCACGUGAGACGGAGUGCGAGUAUCGGUGUCCAGAGCUUGACGCUUGCAUCGGCAGUGCCCUCUGGUGUGAUGGUCGACCCAACUGUCCGUCCGGGUAUGACGAAAGUGAGCAAGAGUGUGGCAGCCGACUGAUCGAGCUCCCCGGCGGCAUAUAUGCGGCGUUCGGGUGCGUUGCAGCCGCCAUUUCCGCCUGCCUCAUCUUCUGCCUGCUGGUGAUGGUGAAGAAACGGCGCAAAGCGAACGAAAAGCUCAAACCAACGGUCGGUACCGGUGCCGCCUCGCUCAACGGCACACUGUCGAAGAAGGACUACAAGAAGGAACCACUGUUCUUCGAUCCGGACUCCUGA